UCCAGACGCGGAGUGGGAAGACGGCGCAGGCUCGCUGUGACCUGGAAGGAAGCGUGGCUGCGGGACCGGAAGAGCCUCCGGUUGCCAGGGGAACGCCACGCGCCUACUGACUGAGCCUCGGGCGGAGUGGGCGGCUACUUGUUCUCCCAACUUGUGGAGGCGGCUUUGCCCGGGACCGGAAAGCCUUCCUUGGAGGCCGAGAGAGGAAAGGCAGAGGGUCGCCCGCGGCAGAUUCCCGUCCCCGGGAGGGACGAGCGAGGUCUCCCUCCCCGUCCCUCACCAGCUCCCGGGCCCGCAGCUGGUUUGUAAAUAUCUGAAUCGCAUUAUGGGAUUGCUAGACAGACUUUCAGGGCUGCUGGGCCUGAAGAAGAAGGAGGUCCAUGUUUUGUGCCUUGGGCUGGAUAAUAGUGGCAAAACCACCAUCAUCAACAAACUCAAACCUUCAAAUGCUCAAUCUCAAGAUAUAGUUCCAACAAUAGGAUUCAGCAUAGAGAAAUUCAAAUCAUCCAGUUUGUCUUUUACAGUGUUUGACAUGUCAGGUCAAGGAAGAUACAGAAACCUCUGGGAACACUAUUAUAAAGAUGGACAAGCCAUUAUUUUUGUCAUUGAUAGUAGUGAUAGAUUAAGAAUGGUUGUGGCCAAAGAAGAACUUGAUACUCUUCUGAAUCAUCCAGAUAUUAAGCACCGCCGAAUACCAAUCUUAUUCUUUGCAAACAAAAUGGACCUUAGAGAUGCAGUGACAUCUGUAAAGGUGUCUCAGUUGCUGUGCUUAGAGAACAUCAAAGAUAAGCCAUGGCACAUUUGUGCUAGUGAUGCCAUAAAAGGAGAAGGAUUGCAAGAAGGUGUAGACUGGCUUCAAGAAAAUACACUACAAUCAGAUCCAAGCUGUGAAGACAUGAAAAGAUAGUAGUUGGAAACCUCAACAAUUGUCAAUUCAAGGAAUAUAUCUUAAGGCAAACUGAAUACAUUAAUAUUUUUAAAGAUGUUGGUGCAUCUAAGAAUACUUUAUAAUCUGCUUGCAUUUAUGCACUCUGAAUAAAGUUUAUAAGAAUAUAAGACUUCAUGUAUGCUAAUCUGGCCAUUAAUUAUAUGAAAAUAAAUCCUCAGAAAGGAUCCCCAGAAUAUCAACCUCUUGGUAAAGAUCUACACUUAUUCGUAAUGAGAAUGUUAAAAUCCAUCUCAAUAUCUCAUCGUGAAUUAUGAUAUCGUUAAUGUAUUUUUUAAUUGUCUUCAAAAAAGCUUAUAGUAUGACUAUGAUGGGAUUGUGCUUGUGAAAAAGAACUUUAAAUAUUUAUAAGGGACCAUGGGUGAUAAAUGUAUAUUAGAUUUUUACUAUAUGUCACCAUCAAUAAAACAUAAUAUGUAAUGUACCAACUAGUGUGCUUUGUUUAUGCUGAAAUAAUGCUGUGUUAAUAUGGUAUUUGGUAUUUUACUGUCAAAUAUUUGUCAACCUGAGACCAAGUUAUGCUGAAGUUAUUUAUCCAGUGAGUAAGUAUUGGAUAGCUCUACACCUGUAGUAGUCUGACACCAUCCUACACAAUCAUGAUAGAAGGUAAAUUAAACAUAUUCCUUAUCCUCAGACAACUUAAAAUUUAAUGAGGCAGAAUUUUAGAAUUUUUUAAUAUAUCAUAUAUAAUUUUUUAUCUCAUUGCUGAAUGAAAAUAUUUUAUCCUAAGAUUGAGUCAUUAAAGUUAAUGUGUGAAUCUUCAAUAAUUAUAACUGACUUUCUUUAAAAUUCCUCCAGUUUACUAUAGCACUUUGUUGAAAUAGAUUGUGACUGACCAAACUGUUUUGUUUUUUUUCUGAACAAAAACUGCUACAUAAAUGUUCUUUAGAAUUUUAGACAUAUCUCAGGUAUCCACAGUAUGCAAAUUGUAUUAUUCUCAAAACUUAGAGACCACUUAGACUUAUGACUCUAAAUAGAAGCUUUGGUUCUAAAUUAAUCACUGGGAAACUGUAGAAAGCCGCGGUGUCAAUUCUGGAAAAUAUUGCAUAUAAAGAAAAACUGGAAUGUUUGAUGUGUAACAUCUUAAACAUACUUAGCUGUGGAAAUGAUAAAAAACAGAGGCAAAAGGUGAGCAUUAAAGAUGUGACAUAAUAACCGGUAGUGGUAUGUUCAGAAAUUUGAAUAAAAUAAUUUUAAAACUACAGUAAAAGUUCUGUAUUAUACUUUCUCACAGUCCUGAAAUCCCAGUGACUUGGACUUUGUCGAGUUCAAAGUUAUCCAGGGUAUUCUACUGGUUCUGCAUUUUCAGCUAGCUUGCCAGCCUUUCAUAAACUGUUUUGAUGAGGAUAAAAAGUGAGACUCAUUGAUUGAGUGGACUCACAUAUAAAAAGGACAUUAUGAAAACACUGAAUGUGAUUUAACAAAAAAACUAGUAUUCUGUAACUAUUUUAGGAGGAUGCAGUACAGUAACAACACUAAUAGUUAUUACUCUGUGAUCACUACAUUUUGAGCAGAAUAUCUCACACAUGAUUUUGUAUCACUUAAUUCUCAAAGUAGCCUCAUGUGAUAGGUUCUGUUAUUUGUUUUAUAGGUAGGAAAACUGAAGCCUAAAGAAGUUAAGUCACUUGGUGAAGGUCACAGAGCUAGUAAAUGGUGAUGCUGGGAAUCAGAACCAUUCUGUUUAAAGUAGAUGAUUCAAGAAACAAGAAUAUUACAGAUACUAGAAAUAUAGAGGUGUCUGUCAUAAAACUAGUUAAAAGUACUGAAAAAGUUCUCACUGUGGAAGGAGACCAGGAUGGGGAUGGGAGGUGGUCAGAAAUAAGGGACUCGUUUUUUGUUUUUUUUUCUUUUUGCUUGUUUUAAGUCUACUAACACUUCAGAUUUUAAAUUGUGGGCAUAAAUGACUGAUAAAAAUAAUUCUUAGGUUGAUAAUUAAUUGCUAUCCCACAGACUAACUCGUACCUAUGCAAAUAUUUAGACAAAAGGGAAUAUUUUUCCUUUGAUUUCAUGUUCUCCAAAUAUAAAUAUCAAUUCUUACUCUAAACUUUUAAGUCAAGAUUAUGUAGAAGCAAGUUGGGCAACAAUAGCCACACGAUGCCAUGUAAAUGUGUACUAGUGUAAGUUGAGGUUAUUGGGUUUGUAUUUAACAUGCAAUUAAAAUUUACUGCAUUCUAAAGCUCAAGCAGGUGCUUUUUCAUGUUUAGGCAUCACUGUAACAAAUUUUCCUUUAUAAGCUCUCCAAUUCAAUAUAACACCUCAUAAAGUGUUCAAAACAUCCUGUUAUAUUUUUGCAUUUAAAUAUUUAUAUAUGGCCCUAUUCAGCUUGUGCUUUGUAAAUCAUGAAAGGGCUGAGUUUUAUAUAUUUGUUUUUCAUUUAUAGGUUGCCAGCUAAAAGUUAGGAAUUGUCUCCUGAUUCCUCAAGUCAUUUUUUUCCUUUGGAAUUUUUGGCACACCACAUUGUUAUUUACUCUUGCAAAUAGCUAUGACAGAUACAUUCUGCAUGUAACUCUCAUUAUUUAAAAUACUGUAGUAUUUUAACUGACUUGGUACAUAUUUUCUGCUUUCUGAUUAUUCCCUCUUCUCAGUUGAAAAAAUAAAAAUGAUAUUAAAAUUUCA